AGCGCCGGCAGCCGGGCCCCGCCGUGGGUCGGGGGCGGCCCAGCGCUAAGGCCCUCCCGGUGUCCCCCCGGUGUCCCCCCGGUGUCCCCCGGUGUCCCCCGGUGUCCCCCCGGUGUCCCCCCGGUGUCCCCCGGGGCGGCCCCACCGCUCCGGCGCUGUCCGUGGUGCUGGUGGCCCCGCCGGGGCGGGAGGCGCGCCCGGGACCUGCCGGGGGGCGGCCGCAUGAUCCGCAUCCCACAUGACACAGAAAGGAGCUGGGCAGCGGCCACCCUGCGAAACGUCAUCUUUUCCUCCGGUGCAGAAGAGGGGUGGAACACCCCGUCCUUCCCCUCUGGUGGAUUUGCGAACAGCCGGGCAGAGGCAGCUGCAGCCCUGGAGGUACCCAUGGUUCCCAGUAUGACCGGGACCUUCCCAGACAUGGCUUCACCUGGGAUAACCAUCAGAGCAAAGAGGAGACCAGUGCCUCUGGGAUUAUGCUUUGGAGCAGGGGAGAGGGUGAGAAUUUCCAAGAGAUGGGCAGAGAAACCAGCCAGGCAUGAGAUUCACCACUGCUUAUCUGUCAACACCCACCAUGGCAAAGCAGCCCUGCCUGAGCAAAAGAUGUAGCCGAGUUUUCUCACAGCAUGGAUAACAGCAGUGAUCCUGUUCUCUUUACCUUGCUCCUGCUGCAGAAUAUGAGCAGCCCCAAAGCCUCCGCCCCUCCUGCUGGCUAUGACAUGGCAGAACCUCCAGCCCCGGGAGCCGGCCCCAGCAGGAACCACUCUCUGGUAGAAUAUCGGCUGAGGCCUGGGGAAAUCGCAGCUGCCAGCGUGGUUUGGGGAGUGCUGUGGCUGAUCUCUGUCUUGGGAAACUUCCUCGUUUGCUUAGUGAUUCACAGGAGCAGGAGGACGCAGUCCACCACCAACUACUUUGUGGUGUCCAUGGCCUGUGCUGACCUCGUGAGCAGUGUGGGGAGUGCGCCCUUCCUGCUGCUGCAGCUGAGCUCCGGGCGGUGGGUGCUGGGCAGCGGGGUGUGCCGGCUGGUCAGGUACAUCCAGUACCUCACACCUGGGGUCCAGAUCUACAUGCUCCUUGCCAUCAGUGUGGAUCGAUUCUACACCAUUGUCUACCCCCUGAGCUUCAAAGUGUCCAGGGGGAAAGCCAAAAAAAUGAUUUUGGCCUCCUGGCUCUGUGGCGCUCUGUUUGCAUCACCGGCCUACUUCCUCUAUGGCUCUAGCAGCAACCACCACUGCAACUUUUUUCUCCCCAGUUCUUGGCAAGGAUCUGCCUACAGUAUCAUCCAUCUCCUCUUGGUAUUUAUGAUCCCAUCUCUCUUCAUUAUCAUUUUUUACCAGAAAGUCAUUAAGUACAUUUGGAGAAUAGGCACAGAUGGAAUGACUGUCAGGAGAACAACAAAUAUUGUUCCAAGAACAAAAGUGAAAACCAUCAAGAUGUUCUUAAUGUUAAACUUGAUAUUUCUCUCAUCCUGGCUGCCUUUCUUCGUGGUACAGUUGUGGCACCCACAGGAAACAGACUACAGAAAGAGCUCCUUGCUUUUCCUGGCCAUCACCUGGAUCUCUUUCAGUUCCUCAUCCUCUAAGCCAACACUCUAUUCCAUCUAUAAUGCGAACUUCAGAAGAGGGAUGAAAGAAACUUUUUGCAUGUCUGCCAUGAAAUGCUACAGAAGCAAUGCAUACACCAUCACCACCAGUUCCAGGAUAGCCAAAAAAAAUCACGUUGGUAUUGCAGAUAUUCCAGCUACAGCCAAAAGUGCCACCAAAGACUUCACCUAUGAUGCUUUUAACAGAGAAGCCAAGGAAAGAAAGCUUGCCUGGCCUAUUCCGUCCAAUCCCCCAAAUACUUUUGUCUAGUGGGCUGCAUUGUUUUUAAAAGUUACUCUGUACCCCGAGAAGAAGGAAUUUUCUCUCCUUUGCAUCCAAUGUAUAGCUACAUAUUUUUAACCUAGUUUUUUGUGGGGUGGGGGGAGAGGGGGCAGAAAAGAGAUGUUUUAUUUUAUUAAAUGCCUUGGGUUUGA